AUGGCUUCCAUGGACUAUGAGAACGAGAACGGCACUCGUUAUGAUGACGAGGCUCCCCGUUAUGAGCGCGAUCGCAGCGCAUCUCCCCGUCCAACCCGCCGCAACGACAGCCCUCGUGGUGGUCCCCGUCGCUCUGCAUCUCCCAACGGCAAUGGCCAUGCCGAAAGCCGCGGUCCUCCCAAGAACGAGCGUGGCCCUCCCCAAGAUGACGGUGCAGUCAACCCAGGCUCCAACCUCUUCGUCACCGGCAUCCACCCUCGCCUUUCCGAGCAAGAGGUUACCCGUCUCUUCGAGAAAUACGGUGAUGUUGAGAAGUGCCAGAUCAUGCUUGAUCCCCACACCAAGGAGUCUCGUGGCUUUGGCUUCGUCAAGAUGAUGACCGCCGAGCAGGCCGAUGCCGCCAAGGAUGGUCUUCAGGGUGAGGUUAUCGAAGGUCGUACCUUGAGCAUCGAGAAGGCUCGUCGUUCCCGUCCUCGUACCCCAACUCCGGGCAAGUACUUUGGUCCACCGAAGAGAGGCAAGCAAUUCCUAACCCUUUGUCUUACACAAUUAACUAAAACACCAGAAGAUGACCCUCGACAUCCACCCCCAGGCCGUUAUGGCGACCGCUACGAUGAUCGUCGUCGUGGAGGAGGAGGCUACGGAGGACGUGAUGAUUAUCGCGGAUACCGCCGAGAUGAUCGUGACCGUGGCUAUGGCAGAGACCGCGACGACGGAUACGCCCCCCGCGGAGUCGAUCGCUAUGCUCGCGAUGACCGAUAUAGCAGCCGUGGUGGUGAUGACCGACGUGGAGGCGGUGGUGGCUACUCCGAUCGUUAUGAGAGAGGAGGCGACCGUGGCUCUGCUCGCGAGGCUCCGCCAGCAGCCGCCUAUGGUGAUCCAGCACCUCGUGGAGAGGCUCGGGAACCAUACGGAGGUAGAGGCUUCGAUGACGAGAGAUUCUCCCGUCGUGAUUAUUGA